AUGAGUGCCUCCAACACCACGGUGCAUGACCACACUGCUGGCCCAAUCCACAGCCCUGGCACAGCGCUUGUAGCUGGAAUGGCAAAGAAGCGGCGGCGUCCGCCAUACUCGUACACUGCACUGAUUGCGCAGGCGAUUCUGAGUUCAGAGGACCAGAAGCUGACUCUGCGCGAAAUAUACGACAGCAUCAACGAGAUGUACCCAAAGAUAUGCGAUGGUCCAGAUAUUGGCUGGCAGAACACAAUCCGUCAUAACCUCAGUCUUAACCAGUGCUUCCAGCGCAUCCCGCGACAUCAGCUGCCACCAGAAUUGAGCGCCAAGCUGCGGGGAAAGGGUAGUUACUGGACCGUUGAUGUGGAGCUGAUGGAC